AACCUUCUUCUCUCUUUUACAUCCUCAAUAAUAAUCUUUUCAUGCUAAUACACCGUCUCCCUUCCUUCUCUCUCUCUCUCUCUCUCUCUUUCUCUCCCCAACUGCUCAGAGAUUUCUUGGUUUUUUUCUACACGAAAUGGUGAAGGCAAUGAAACGGGAUUCGAAACUGCUGUUAUCACUCCACAAACUCAAUCAUGUCUUUGUGAAGUUUGCUGUCUCAUUUCUCUUAUUGGGUCUCGCUUUUCGCCUUUUCUCCUCUGAUUCGAUCAGGAUUUCUUCACAGUUAGAGACACCCCCUGUUUCCGAGAGAAAAACAGAGUCCCCUAUGGUUUCUGUCUCCACUCAGGCGCCUGUUUCUGCUGUUUCUCCUGUAAAUGAAAACCAUACAUCUGAUAAUGAAAAGUGUGAUAUAUUCACGGGAGAUUGGAUUGCUGACAAAUCAGGUCCAGCUUACACCGACGAGAGCUGCCAUGUGGUUGAGAGUCAUCAAAAUUGUAUGAGGAAUGGGCGUCCCGAUUCAGGCUACCUUUUCUGGAGGUGGCGUCCACUCGACUGUGAGUUACCCAGGUUCAAUUCCCAGAGAUUUCUAGACCUUAUGAGGAAUAAGUCAUGGGCCUUUGUUGGCGAUUCCAUUUCACGUAACCAUGUGCAGUCAUUGCUCUGUAUUCUCUCACAGGUGGAACAAGCUGUUGAGGUCUACCACGAUGAGGAAUACCGCUCCAAAAGAUGGCACUUUCCUACUCACAACUUCACACUUUCAGUAAUUUGGACUCCUUUCCUCACAAAAGCAGCUAUCUUUGAGGACAAGAAUGGGGUUUCUUCAUCGGAAAUCCAGCUCUACCUUGACAAACUCGACGAAACUUGGACCAAUCAAUAUAAGAAUUUUGAUUACAUGGUAAUUGCUGGUGGCAAAUGGUUUCUCAAAACGGCAAUUUACCAUGAGAACAACACCAUCGCAGGCUGUCAUUACUGCCCUGGAAAGAACUUGACAGAGCUAGGCUUUGACUAUGCAUAUCGCAAGGCACUUCAGCUGGUUCUCAACUUUCUCACGCGUCAUGGCCAGAAGGCAUUUGUUUUCUUCAGAACUACCACACCAGACCACUUUGAGAAUGGAGAAUGGUUCAGUGGAGGAUACUGCAACCGAACAAUGCCAUUCAAAGACGGUGAGGUGGAUAUGAGAGAUGUGGACCGUAUAAUGCGUGACAUCGAGUUGGAAGAAUUUGACAAGGGUGCUGCAGUAGGAUCUGAAAAUGGGGUGAUUUUGAAGCUUUUGGAUACAACCCGCCUUUCAAUAUUGAGGCCUGAUGGGCAUCCGGGACCCUACCGGCAGUUCCAGCCCUUUGCGAAUGAUAAGAAUGCUAAAGUUCAGAAUGAUUGUUUGCAUUGGUGCUUGCCAGGGCCAAUAGACUCUUGGAAUGACUUGGUGAUGGAAUUGCUGGUGAAUAGUGAAAAAUACAGAUGAUUUAAGCUUUGGGUUAUCUGCGUUUUGAGGGUCCCCGGCUAAGUUGAUUAUGAAUAUCUGAGAUGUGGUCUUCUUGCCAUCUGCACAUAUACUCCAUCGUGUUUUACACGGAUAAUUCCUCUACACGUUGAUUCAUCACAAGCUACCAGGAAUGCAUUUUCCUGACAGCGUUCACUGUUGGGAUGCGAAGUAUAAAAUUGAGAUCGAAUUCAUUUCA